UCAAUUUUGGUAGUGCUGGUGGGGUGUGGAUAAGGCAGCUGUAAAUUUUUUCUGAACUGUUUACCGUUCAAUGUUGCAAAAACUUCUCUGUUUGUCUUAAACAUUAAGGAAUCUACAUGUAGAAAACUUUCUUUCGCGUUGAUAUAACGAAAAGGCCAAUUUUAUCUCAUUUGGACGUGUUGAAAGAAAAUAUGGGAUGUAUAAAAUCGAAGAACUCCACUGAAGAGCCAAAGGAAUUGAAGGAAAAACCAGUACGUAAAUCUGAACCAACUAUUUAUGUGCGAGACCCCACAUCCAAUACACAAGUGCCAAGUUCAAACCAGGAUUCUCAUCUAUUACCUGGCCAGAAGUUUCAGAAAUUUGAAGAGACUGAUGGCAAAAUAGUUAUUGCUUUGUAUCCUUAUGAAGGAAACCAUACAGAUGACUUGAACUUCAAAAAAGGAGAAAGGUUGAAAGUGCUUGAAGAGCAUGGUGAAUGGUGGAAAGCCAAAUCUCUUGUAACUAGAAAAGAAGGAUACAUUCCCAGCAAUUAUGUGGCAAACAUCAACACACUGGAAACAGAGGAGUGGUUCUUUAAAGAUAUCAGCCGCAAAGAUUCAGAGAGACUCCUAUUAUCACCUGGAAAUAAAUCUGGUGCUUUCCUUAUUAGGGAGAGUGAAACAUCAAAAGGUAGUUACUCCCUGUCAAUGAGAGAUUAUGAUCUUCAGAUGGGUGAUGUAGUUAAACACUACAAGAUUCGAUGCCUGGACAGCGGUGGAUUUUAUAUCUCUCCUAGAAUUACAUUCCUUGACCUAAAUCAGCUAAUUAAACAUUACCAAAAACAGCCUGAUGGCCUGUGUCGAAAGCUUGGAUCCCCCUGUGUUAGUCCACAACCACAAAAACCAUGGGAUAAAGAUGCAUGGGAAAUUCCACGAGAGUCUGUGAAAUUAGUUAAGAAACUUGGUGCUGGACAGUUUGGAGAAGUGUGGAUGGGUUACUAUAAGAAUUCUACAAAAGUGGCUGUUAAAACUUUGAAACCAGGCAGCAUGUCUGUGGAAGCUUUCCUUGAAGAAGCCAAUCUCAUGAAGAAACUCUUACAUGACCGAUUAGUGCGACUCUACGCAGUAGUUACUAAAGGAGAUCCGAUUUACAUUAUUGCGGAAUUUAUGGCCAAUGGUAGUUUGCUAGAUUUCCUGAAGACAGAUGAAGGGAGAAGACUUGUAUUACCUAAAAUGAUUGAUUUCUCAGCACAGAUUGCGGAGGGAAUGGCAUUUAUUGAAAGAAAAAAUUACAUCCAUCGAGACCUUAGAGCAGCUAACGUUUUGGUAUCCGAAAACCUGAUGUGUAAAAUCGCUGAUUUUGGCCUUGCUCGAAUAAUUGAAGAUAAUGAAUAUACAGCCAAAGAAGGGGCUAAAUUUCCAAUCAAAUGGACAGCACCUGAAGCUAUAAGCUAUGGAUCGUUCACUAUUAAGUCAGAUGUUUGGUCCUUUGGGGUUCUCCUAUAUGAAAUAGUCACAUAUGGAAAGAUUCCAUAUCCAGUGUUCAAAUGCUGGAGAAGCUUGACAGGUCUGGUAGCAUCUAUAGAGAAAAGAAAAGUGGUUCUGAUGAUGAGUCACCGGACUUGCAACAUCCUGUUAUUCUCCUUUGCAACUCCUCCAGGGCAAUUACAUCCUUCCUACAGCGUGGUGACCAAAACAGCACACAGUACUUCAGGAAUGUCUAACACAGAGGUUGUAAAUGCUAUUGGACGAGGUUAUCGCAUGCCACGUCCUGAAGAAUGCCCUCAAGAGCUGUAUGAUGUCAUGAAGGAUUGUUGGAAAAGUAAAGCUGAAGAUCGGCCAACCUUUGAAUAUCUCAAAGGGUUGCUUGAAGACUUUUAUACAGCCACAGAAGGUCAAUACCAACAGCAGCCAUAGAACAUAAAAUGAAACAUCAUUCAAAUCAUUAGCUAGUACAAACUGUUAAAUGGUAUGACGGUAUAUAUGUAUACACCAAAUGUAUUUUGUCACAACUGCAUUUAAAGAACUCACUAACUGAUGCUUAACUACCUACAUAACCAGGACAUUCAAUUGUACCGAACACUCAGCAUCACCGCAACCAGAUUGUAAAAGGUUGUAUGUUCAGUAUCUAAAUUAAUAGAGUCAAAAUAGAUAAAAUAGUCCAGCUAUUUUUAUUCACAUCAAAUCUAACUAGAAUAGAAUGUUAGUGGCAAGUUAUUUUCUAAUCUGGGAGUGUGGGGGCCCAGGUGGCAUAUAAGAGAGUGUGGUGAGAUGGACAUUCUUGUCCUGAAUCACUACAUGGCAUUUUUAUCUCAAUUUGGUACUUUAUGAAUACAGUUAAGAAGCCUGAGGCGGUGCCUCAAAGCUGGCCUUGCUUGAUGGUGAUAUACAAUAAUCAAUAAUCUGGUUGAAGACUACUCAGUACUGCUGCAUUGGCAAACUAUUGACAUUCGUAGCUGCAAAAAAAUUUAAUCCAAGCAACUUUGAUCAGUGAAUCCAUACAUGUGAACAUGAAUGGAUUUUCUGUAAAUUAAUAAAAACAUUCCAAGCAAAAAACAGAAGUGGGAUCACCGCUUGAAACUGUUUACAUAUACAACGCGUUAGACUAUCAUUAGCAGUUUCACUGUUGUUUGUUAGCUGUCAUCACCAUUAACUAUAUUGUUGAAGGAUUUGGGGAGUUGAUAUCUGUAAAAGUAUUCAUUUGAAUUACAUCUGACAAAAGUUAAAUGCAAUUUUUUUUUAAUGAGGUUGAGAUUAUAUUCCGCAGCAAAUCAGUGCCUUGAACAUUAACUCUUCCACAUGCCUGGUUAGUUAUGUAGAUCAUUUGUUAUUCAUAUAUUCCUGAUUUUUCUUCAAUUUUUGUUACAUUUAAUUUAUUUUAAAACAAAGCAAUUCAGUGCUCCUGCUUUUACUGAAAUGUGAACCCAGUGCCAUUUCUUCAAAAUGUAGUUCAUUUAGAUCCUAACUCAAAAGAGAAAAUUUGAACUAAAACUCCAUGAAUCAGCAUUCCAUCACAGGAAAUAUUACCUACGACACAGGUAGUGCUUGAACAAAUCAUGAUUAUUCAAACUUCAAUUCACGUGAAGUUUCCAGAAGUAACUUAGAAUUAACUUUGACCAGCAAAAUGCUCCCACUUCGCCUAUCACUGUGUAAAUGAUAUUUUAUUACAUAUAUUUUGUAUAAUAAAAUUUGGCUAGCUGUUUUAACAGAACAGAUGUGUAUGCUACUUGUAAAAUGUGCAAUAAUUUGCUUGAUAGUUUUCUGUUCUCCCAUUGUGUGGUAAAAAAUAUACAUUGUUAUGAAUUUGUAACAUGAAUGUUUUGAAUAAAAGUGAGUAUUUACAAUA